AUGAUCGGAGAGAUUUUCUUUUCUAAGCAACAGAACUCUCGUGUAAUUCCUGACAGAUAUGGGCGUUCUAAAGGCUACUAUAACAUGGAAGAAAAGAAUAUGGAGAUUAAGACUCGGUGGUAUGGAGCAAAAGAGAGUGUGGAGACGGGAGAUGUUAAUUUGUUCCAUCAGAACAACGCGAUUGAGGAGCAUCUGUCAUUCCCUGGGAAACAGCAAGUUCUGACAUCCUCUUCGGAUUUUGCAGGUUUUGAUGACUUGUGCUAUGACCUUGGAGCUUCACAACCUCAGUAUUGUCUGGAAGAGCUUGGAAAUCUUGCUAUAAACCAUUCAGAAAAUCCAGAGCACUUGGUACCCCAGGAGACUUCUUGUCAGAUACCAAUAAGCAAUGAAAGUAAGUUCGGGCCAGAGAAUUGUGAACAAUCUAGUCUUCCUGACCAUAGUACAACAUGGAGUAAUGCUAGUGAAAAACUGGCAACAAAAGAUCUUCUGCGUUUAGCUGGAGAGACUUUCAUCCAAUCUAAUUCUGCUAUGGUUGAUUCCCGGAGUUUUAGCAAUCCCUUUACAACUUCACUUUGUGGACUUUCUGAUGAGGAACGUAGAGAUGUGGAGAUCAUCCAGCAGCUUCUAGCUUCUGCUGAGAAAGUUGGAGAGCAACAGUUCAUCCGUGCAGGCAACCUUCUCAACCAUUGUCAUGAGUACUCUUCGAUUAAGGGAACCCCUGUCCAGAGAUUGGUGUACCAUUUCUCUGCAGCUCUUCAACAGAAAAUUGACCAUAAAACUGGAAGGAGGACAGGAACAAGUACUGGAAAGAUGCAGUCACUCGCGUUAAAAGACUCACUAAUGAACCCGAACCCAAGCCUCUUUGCUUAUUACCAGAAAGUACCUUUUUCCCAAGUGAUCCUAUUCACUGCCAUGCAAACAAUGACAGAGAAUCUCUCAAAGGCCAAAAAGAUCCAUAUAAUUGAUCUUGAGAUUAGAAACGGGCUGCAUUACACGAUACUAAUGGAAGCCCUGGCAGCUCGAACAGACUGUCCUCUUGAGCAUCUCAAGAUAACUGCAGUUGGUACUAUUUCAAAGCAUAAAAUAGAGCAGACUGGUAACCGUUUGAUGAGUCUGGCUCAGACGCUCAACGUGUCCUUCUCUUUCGACGUUGUCAUUGUAGCUGACAUGCUAGACCUUAAUGAGUCUCUAUUUAUGCUAAAUGCUGAAGAAAAGCUUGCUGUUUACUCUCCAUAUACUUUGUCAUUGAUGAUUGAGAACCAAGCUCGCCUAGAGACUUUAAUGAAAGUCAUCCAAAAGCUCAAUCCUUGCAUAAUGGUUGUUGCUGAGGUCGAAGCAAACCAUAAUUCACCAGUUUUUGUGCAGAGGUUCAUUGAAGCCCUCUUCUACUAUGGUGCAUUCUUUGAUUCCAUGGAAGAUUGUAUGGACCGCGAUGAUCCAGAUAGAAUGAUGUCAGAGUCAAUAACGCUAAGUCCUGCAAUAACAAGUAUUGUGGUAUUCGAGGGAGAGGAGAGGAUAGUACGCCAUGUUAAUAGCAAUGUGUGGAAGGCAUUUUUUUCGCGGUUUGGACUAGUGGAGACAGAAUUGAGCACAGCGUCUCUGUACCAAGCAAAAUUGUUAGUCGACAAGUCUGUUUGUGCAAACUCUUGUACAUUUGAAAUGAUCGGAAAAAGCCUAUCUGUUGGCUGGAAGGGGACUCCAAUCUUGUCUGUGUCUGCAUUAAAAUUUCUCUAA